GGAAGCCCACGAGAUCGGACCACGCUUAGGGUAAGUAACUGAAGCAGCAUCCGGUACCUGUCCCCUUGCGUACCGCUACACCUAGUACCCACUUAGGUAGUGUACACUACGCAUACACUACGCAUACACUACGCCUGCAAGUCUCGACAUCCACAAGUGCCUGGGCACGAGCCCUCCCCUCCGCAGGUCUGCCGUGCGGGCUCCAUCCUGCGUAAAACUGAUCUUCCCCGACCCACUCCAGCUUCCCGCUUGGACAGGGCUCUCGGCUGUCACUAUUGCUUCACUCUUCCCUUCCACUUCCAACUUGUGCAAUUGGCCCCGCAUCAAGACACGUUCCUGCUUGACCUGCGCCGCGACAGCUUCUCCCCUCUUCCCUCCCACCAUUUCCCACCCCGACCUCACUGUCGCCGCCACAGUCCAAGAUGUUCUCGCAGAUUGCGCUCGCGACGGCUCGUCAGCUGCGCGCUGGCACCACGCUGGUCGUUCGUACUGCCGUGGCUGCGUCCACCAGCUCGACCACCCGCUCCGCUGCUCCCAGCUUCCUUCGCCGCAGCGGCGUCGUCUUUCAGCAGCGCGGUUAUGCCCUAACUCGCGCCAAGAAAACCGCCGCCGAAUCGGACGAUACUGCUGCUACGGCCACCAAGACCAACAAGACUCGUCCCGCCGCCGCAAAGUCCAAGAAGUCGGCCGCUGAGGGCGCUACAGGAGCCGGCGCAAGGGCAAAGACGCCCAGAGCCAAGAAGGAGGCUGCGCCCAAGAAGCCCAAGGCGCCCAAGAAGAAGGCACCGCUGACGGACGAGCAGAAGAAGAAGCUCAGGAUCAGACUGUUGAAGCAGCGGGCGCUGUUCAAAGAAGAUCCCAAAACCCACCGAGUUCCUGCUUGGUCCGCGUACAUCAGUGAGCACAUGAAGGACGUCUUGAAAGAAGGCGAUGAUAUCGCGACGCGGAGAGGGUACUUUAAAACGUUGGCUGCACAGUGGAAGGAGCUGUCGGACGCUGAAAAAGCCCGCUACCAAGCCAAGGCCGACAAGGCUCACCAGGAUGGCGUGGCUACGCGGGCAGCGUGGGUACUCACCAAGACACCCAUGGAGAUCGAGGACGCCAAUUAUGCCCGUCAUGCGCUGAAGCGCCUCGGUGUCACUUCGGUCGUCCAUCCUAUCCCCGAUGACCGGCGCCCAAAGCGCCUAAGGAGUGCCUUUUUGUUCUUUUGCAUGUCGCGCCAAAAGGACGCCCUCUAUGCUGGCAAGCCCCUACCGGAAAUAGCGAAGGCUUUGUCCGAGGAGUGGAAGUCCAUGGACGAUGCGGCAAAACAGCCUUACGUCGACAACGCUGCAGUCGAUAAGGAGAGAUACCUCAGUGAGAGAGCUGCUGCCGCCGCCGCUCAUGCUGCCGCUUGAGUGUGGUUAUCACGCCCCUCGACGCCCCUUUUCCGGUUCGGUUCAUGUGAAUUUAUAUGGGCUCCGAGCGACCUCCAUGAGCUUCGUUCGUCACACAAUUAGCCGGCUCGUUGCCGAUGCUCCGUCGCACUCUGUUGUUCGAGUGGCACCGAAAUGUAUUUGUAAGGUUGUUGGGGAAGCGAGGCGAAUCAUCGGAUAAUCUUUAUGGAUCAAUAAAGGAACGAAUGUGGGUGUCCAACUAGGAACCCAAAUAAAGAAGGGACCAGAAGUACACUGCAUCGCAAAGCCUCAAGUUCAUGUACACGAAGAGUAGUCAUGGGCCAAAUUCAAGUUUGGUUACCCCCCAAUAUCACUGAUACCAGGGGCUGUAGGUUGUUAAACGCCCGCAACUCAUCAGCUGAGCCCGCAACUCCCAGCUUCGGUCCACUUUGAACCAGGACCAGUUUCCCACGCCCAUUCAAAUCUGCCACAACAACCUAGAGCCCUACCUCGCACUCAACGUGCCCACCCCCGUGGCCAUUACAGACCGCGACCUAGCUUCCAUCCUAAUGACCACCUCCCCGUCCCCAUCCACCCAUUCCGUCCCUGUAUACAGCACCUCCCGCUUGCUAAUUAUGUACAAGACAAGGUAUAGGUGACCAACCACCGCGCCCCAGCAAUACAAUCUCAAACGAGUGAACGCUUCAUCCCGCGUGCACCAGACCCCCCAGCCCGCCGCCCCGCUACCCAGGUAGUCCGCUAGAAAAAGCCAGCACGACUCCUUGAGCUCGCGGCCCCAUGACGUGCAGUCCACCAGCCAGUAGCCCCGCUCGUAAGGGCGCGUGGCGCGUGUCCGGAGUGAGGGCUGGAAUCGUUUGGGGAGUUUCAGGUCGAUGGCGAGCUUGGCGAGGACGGGGGUCAUCAAUGAGAGAUCGUUUUCUGCUUCUCCUUCUCCUUUCUCCUUUGAAAAAGAAGAUGAGAGAUCGAAUACGUGAUCGGACGUUGGAGGGCAGGGCGAAUGGAGCUCGAGGACCGACGAGAGGCGGGCGCUUCGUGAGGCGAUCUGGUUGGAUUUGAUAGCGUCUUGUCGGGGGCCGAUAUCACUGGAAGAGCGGACGAGGGGCUUUCCGGAGCUUGAGAUUGGGUUUGCGGAAGAUGAGGGGACGGACAAAAACGUCAAUGAAGCGGGCGUAGCUGAUCGUGAUGAUGGUGCUGGUGCUGGCGCUGGCUCGGGACAUGUGCGGCGACACUUGAUUGGUGGCGGUUCGGAUUCGGUACGGGAUGACGAUAGGCAUUGCUUGGAUAAGUCUUGUUUGCAAAGGAUGGUGUCGGUGGCUGGAACUUGCUCUUGGACCGCAGGCUGUGAUGAUGCUAUCGUGAAGUCGCUGUCUCGGGAGGAGGGAGACGGCCCAUGCUGGACGGGUCGGCGGCGCUUGUUGUUGGCGUUUAUCACUGGCGAGAGAGGUAUAAACUUUCCUCGGGGAUCUGCUGGUGUUUGGCGUCUGGGAGAAUAUUCUGUGAUUGACAUGCGCCUAGCGAGUUGACGACAUGAUAAAUCCCUUUCUGAUGGCGCAGCAACAUGAGGUUUCUUGGCCCUAUUGAUCAGUGAACUGAGGGUCCUUUGAGUACCGCCUUCCGCCGCAUGUUCCUGGCUAUUCCCUUGUAAAGAAGAAUCCGGUGGUAAGAGCGCUAUGUGAGGCUCACCGCUAGCCACCUGUCGCCGCUGCGAGAUAUGGCUGAUGGUGGGGAAUGUCGAGUAUCCCUCAUGCUGACUCUGGAUCCGGGCGGCUGUUGGUUGCUGUCCACUCGGGGCCCUCUCUAUGACUGGCGACAGAAACUGACUGGAAUCACCAGGAUGUAGAUAGUCCUCUAACAGCCUUGUCGGUGUGCAAAACUGAGACAAAGUCACAUUAUUGUCUGGCAGUGAAUCUUGAACAACGCUUGCAGGAGGUUGCCAUGAAACCUGUGAGUAUUGGCUAGGCUCAUCGUGCCUCAUCCGCAAGCUGGGCGAUGCUAAAUUGUUCGCGGCAUCGCGCCACGAUAACACCGGUGUUUCGACAAAUCCUGCUACUUCAGACGACCGAAGGAUCUGAUCCGGUUGCGUGGAGGGUCCUAGGGAGCCAUUUCCAACGGGCUGAGGCUGCACGGCGGCCUGAUGAACUACGACAUUUGGUGAUAUUGUCUUGCUGAACACGGAUGUGCGCGUGGUGGGUUCAAAGUUGUUAUAUGCAUUGGCGAGUGCUCUAUAGUUGGCAUCGUCUUUCGAUCUGCUAGGAGCUGUGAUAUGGACGAGGAUUUCGGUCGCGGAUUUUUUGUUCAUCACACUGCGUCAGGGCACCAGUUUAAGCUGUGGUUGUCGAGUGCCAUGGAAUGGGCUGGGCUGCGUUGCAAUCGAGAUAUAGAAGUUGGAAGUGUGCUGGAUCAUGGGUUUAUGGGUAAGGGUGAGACGCUGGAUGGAAGGCUGUUGCCUGACAG